AUUCAGUUUUGAGAGAUGUUAGCUUUUCACCUACAAAGCAGGUGGAAUAUGCUCCAAUCAGUAUAUGUUAAUUUGUUAUAUUUAUAGCUGAACUAGAUUUGCUGGUGAUGGAAAUUGAGCCUGCAAAAGCUAAAGUAUGUCUUCCAUUUUUCCAUAAUUGCAUUACCUUGAAUCAUAUGAUAUGUAGGCCCUAACCUUUGACUUUUGGGUUUGUUGCUCAGUGUUUUUCUGUUGCUAAAAUAAGCAAAGGAUUAGGAGGACUCACUACUGCAAGGCACUUCUAUCCUUUUUAGCAGCCACUCAACCUUUGCUGCCCAGCUACCUAACUGCCUACUUCUCAUUCACUGCCUUCAGUUUGUAUCUAUCCUUUCUUUACUCAACCACCCACAUCAUAGCCUUGACUUCCACCACACAACUGGAAAUCUCUCCCAGAGGGUGCCAGUGACCUUUGCAGUGGCAAGUCCAGUGUCCUUUCUUUUCCCAGUCUUUAUUCUCUUGAAUUUCCUUUCAUGUUUGGCUUUGUCAUUGGUGUACUCCUCUUUGUGAGAGGAAGCUUUCUAGGUUUCCUACCUCUCAAUUUUUUUCUCUAUUUAAUUUAUACAAAGUGGCUCAUGUAGUGGCUGGCACAGAGAUGCUUAAAAAGUGUUAGUUGCGGCCGGGCGUGGUGGCUCAAGCCUGUAAUCCCGGCACUUUGGGAGGCCGAGACGGGUGGAUCACGUGGUCGAGAGAUCGAGACCAUCCUGGUCAACAUGGUGAAACCCCGUCUCUACUAAAAAUACAAAAAAUUAGCUGGGCAUGGUAGUGCGUGCCUGUAAUCCCAGCUACUUGGGAGGCUGAGGCAGGAGUAUUGCCUGAACCCAGGAGGCGGAGGUUGCGGUGAGCCAAGAUCGUGCCAUUGCACUCCAGCCUGGGUAACAAGAGCGAAACUCCGCCUCGGAAAAAAAAAAAAAAGUGUUAGUUGCUUUCUUUUUUUGUGGUCUCUCCUUCAUUCUCUGUUCAUUUCUCCGUGAGUUUUUCUGAUUAGUAACUACCUGCAGCAUGCUGGUUGACUUGUAAACCUACAAUUCAACCUUUCUUACACUGUCAUCUGACAGCAGCCUGGUUUGCAGCUGAUUCCAGGGUGGCCUACUCUAAUCAUCCCAGAGUUCACUAGUCAUGAUGAAUGCACCAGUCUUUUACACUUCCCCACUCCCAAACCUCAGUUCUUCUUAACUACUAUCCCAGUAUUAUCAGUGGCACCAGUAUUUAUUUUCCUUUUCACAUGCUAGAAUUUGGAGUCAUUUUUUAUUUUUUCUCUCAUUUCCUACUUUGAAAUGUCUCUUAGGCUCAGUCCUUCAACACCAUUCUGAUGGUGGCUUCUCUGCUCUAAGCUCACAGCCUUUGAUCCCUGGGCUACUCUGACACGCUCCUGCUGGUCUGCCUCUGGUCCUAACUGCCCUUUAAUUGAGUAUAAUAUGUAGCACUCCUGAAGUCUUACUGUUUGGUGCUGUUUGUUUACUAUAGAACAUUUAUGUAUUAUAUGCCCUCUUCUGUGUAGCCUUGUUAUCUGUACCAGCAGACUGAUCCCUCCUGCCACCUUACACAUGAGCAUGCUUUCCAUCCUGCCCCUUGCUGAGCUGGUGCCAGCCUCAUGCCUGCCUUGGUACCUUUUGCGUGCUACUUGGCCUGCGGGAAAUGCUUUCCACCCUUUCCUCUACCUUUCCAAGGUUCUGUCUGUCCUUGAAGAUGAAAUUUAUGCCUUUCUUUUGGUAAAGCUGUUUGCAGCUGUUUUGACCCACGGUGAACUCUCCCUUUUGUGUAGCUAAUUUUGAAAAGCUGUGCAUUUCAGAAAUUUCCCUAGUGAUUCUAUCUGUAACUGUAAAAUCCUUUAGGGCAAGACUGAGCUUUGUAUUGGGCUCCUCAGUCAUCCCCCUGGGUAGUGCCAAGAACAAAGGAGGUACUUAGUAGUAGAUGGAGGCAAGCUGCUCCAGGCUGGUAAAGAAGCAUUGUAAACAUGCUGGUUUUUAAACCUUGUUGGUAAAUACCGAAUGGAAGACAGUUCUGAAGAUACAGAUAUCAAAUAGAUGUUUAUAAGCUUAGUGGCCUUUCCCUGGGAUGGUCUUUUAUUUGGUGUCAUUUUGUUGAUAUAGUAUAACAAAUAAUUGUGGAAUUAAAAUUCAGUGGAGAAGCUUUGGGCAAAUUACUGUAUUUAAACAUGUUUUAUACGUUCUAUAUAUACAGAGAUGUUUGUCACUUUCUCAGUCAGCUACUGUAAAACAAAUACUGUGCUAUAAAUUACAUGUCAUUACAGACACACUGUGAAUGUCAUCUUACUUUGAAACAUGGCUUCACACUUACCCCUUUAUGCAUUUUCCCCAUCUAUAUUGUGUAAAGAAUGUUAAGAACAUUUCUUGUAUAAUUUUUUUUUUUUUUUUGAGACAGAGUCUUGCUCCAUUGCCAGGCACCAGGCCAGAGUGCAGUGGCGCAAUUUCAGCUCACUGAAACCUUCACCUCCUGGGUUCAAGGAAUUCUCCUGCCUUAGCCUCCCGAGUAGCUGGGACUACAGGCGCGUGCCACCAUGCCCAGCUAAUUUUUGUAUUUUUAGUAGAGACAGGGUUUCACCAUGUUGGUCAGGAUGGUCUUGAUCUGUUGACCUCGUGAUCCACCCACCUCAACCUCCCAAAGUGCUGGAAUUACAGGCGUGAGCCACUGCGUCCGGCUGGUAUAAUAUUCUUUCUGCCAUUCACUUUCCCCUCCCAAAAUCAUCCCUGGACUAGAAAGGGCUUACCAACCCCACAGAGGGUUCAGUUAGGACCCAUGAGCUACUUUCCCCUGGCCUGGCAGUCAUGUUCGGUCACUGCCCAGCUAUUCCCUCUUGAUGCCUUUGUCUCCCUUUGUCCUCCCCUGGGAUAGGUAGCUCAGGCUUCCAGCACUGCAUCCCCUUGCACUUCUUGUAGUAGGAGCAAUGAAGAGCUGGAAUAGCUUUCUGGUUGGUCUCCCUUUGCCCAACGAUGUUUCACUUGCUUGUUUGUUGAGAAUGAGAGACUCCAUUUGAGUUUCUUUUUUCUUUCUCCUUUACUACUUAAAACAUUCUUCCUUUUCAUUAUGGUUGCUUGCCUUUAGCUCCUUUCCUAUUGGCUUGAGGCAAAGGGAUCAUGUUUUAAGUCUCUGUAGCUGCUACAUAGUGGAGUAUAGAAACCAAGUAUAGUUGACCUUGAACAACACAGGUCAAAUCACACAGGUCCACUUUAUGUGUCUCUGCCACCCCUGAGACAGCAAGACCAACCCAUCUUCUUCCUUCUCAGCCUACUCAGUGUGAAGGCCAUGAGGAUGAAAACCUUUAUGGUAAUCCAUUCCACUUAGUAAAUAGUAAAUAUAUUUUCUCUUCCGUAUAAUUCUCCUAAUAUUUUCUUUUCUCUAGCUUAUUUUAUUGUAAGAAUACAGUGUGUAAUACAUAUACAAAAUGUGUUAAUCCAUGUUUAUAUUAUUAGUAAGGCUUCUGGUCAGCUGUAGGCUAUUAGUAAUUAAGUUUUGGGGAGUCAAAAGUUAUAUGCAGAUUUCUUCCAGGGAGGGCAGUUGGUAAUUCUAAUACCUGUGUUGUUCAAGGGUCACUUGUAUAUAUUUGUUGAAUGAAUAAGUGAUUCACAUGUUUAAAACCCAAACUUACUGAAAGUAGGGGAUUAUAUUAUCUAGCACCAGAUUUCUUCCUGCCCUUGUAUUCUCCUAUAUUCUCAGCAGAUUAACUAUUUUGGUGGUUGAAAAUGAGGAAUUCUUUCUUUUUUUCUUUUCUUUUCUUUUUUUUUUGAGAUAGAGUCUCUGGAGUGCAGUGGUAUGAUCUCAUCUCACUGCAACCUCCGCCUCCUGGGUUCAAGCGAUUCUCCUGCCUCAGCCUCCUGAGUAGCUAGGAUUACAGGCAUGUGCCACCACCCACCUGGCUAAUUUUUGUAUUUUUAGUAGAGAAGGGGUUUCACCAUGUUGGCCAGGCUGGUCUCGAGCUCCUGACCUCAAGUGAUCUGCCCACCUCCGCCUCCCAAAGUUCUGGGAUUACAGGCGUGAGCUACCAUGCCUGGACAAAAAGUAGUAUUCUUGCUUCCUGUUUUUUCUUUUUAAAUUUUCUUCCUUUUUAUAGAGACAGGGUCUUGCCAUGUUGCCCAGGUUGAUCUCAAAUUCCUGGGCUCAAAUAAUCCUCCCACCUCAAGCCUCCCAAGUAGUUGGAAUUACAGGCAUGAGCCACCAUGCCCAGUUGAUAUUCUCACUUUACAGAGUAGGAUAUUAAGACCCAAUAGGGUUAAAAAAAAAAUCUUCCUAGGGUCAUGAAAUUCGUAUGUGAUGAACUAGAGUUUGAAGUCAAUGUUACUAUAUGGAAAGCCUGGAUUUUCUUUUUUGUUAUGCAGCACUAUUUUAUACUGCUUUCCCAGUGACCAAAUGGAAGACUUAUUUAGUACUUUUAUAAAGAGGAUAUUCUUGGCCGGGCGCGGUGGCUCAAGCCUGUAAUCCCAGCACUUUGGGAGGCCGAGACGGGUGGAUCACGAGGUCAAGAGAUCGGGACCAUCCUGGUCACCAUGGUGAAACCCCGUCUCUACUAAAAAAAAUACAAAAAAUUAGCUGGGCAUGGUGGCGCACGCCUGUAAUCCCAGCUACUCGGGAGGCUGAGGCAGGAGAAUUGCCUGAACCCAGGAGGCGGAGGUUGCGGUGAGCCGAGAUAGCGCCAUUGCACUCCAGCCUGGGUAACAAGAGCAAAACUCCGUCUCAAAAAAAAAAAAAAAAAAAGAGGAUAUUCUUGUUGGAAAGAGUGUAUGUAUUUGUAUUAAGAUUGUAUUCAUUGCUUUCAUUAUGGAGAGAUACUAACCAUUAAAAAUAUUUUUUGAAAGCUUUUGAAACAGUGAAAAACAGAAAAGUUAGAAGUGCAGUAGAGAAAACUUCUAUUUUCUUCUCUAGAACCUUUGGCAAUAAGUUGUCCACCUGAUGCCCCAUCACUCUGGGAUUACCCUAGUGCGUGUAUUUCCAAUGGCAAGGACAUUCUUCUAUAUGAGUACAACAUAAUCAUCAAAAGCAGAAAAUUGACAUUGACCCAUUAUAUUACCAUCAAAUACUACUCAGACCUCAUUCAAGUUUGACCAAUAGUCCCAAUAAAGUCCUCCCAGCCCCUUUUCCCACUGCUUUUUUUUUUUUUCUUUCUUUCUUUCUUUUUUUGGACAAGCAAAAGGAUUCAGUUCAGAUUUAUGUGCUUUGCAUUUAGUUGUGGAGUCUUUCUCGGCUUUCUUUUGACUUUCAUGGUCUUGAUGGACUGGAAAUUUUAAGCCAGUUAUUUUGCAGCCUGUCCCUCAGUUUGGGUUUGUCUGAUGUUUUCUCGUGAUUAAACUCAGGUUGCAUGUCUUUGGCAGGAAUAUCACAGAAAUAAUGCUAUGUCUUACUGCCUCCUAAUAGGUGACGUAUAAUUUGAAUUGUUUGCAUUUUUCCACUGCUAAAUUAUUCUUCCAUUUGUAGUUAAUUGGUAUUUUAUGGAUAAGUAUUCCAAACUAUGUAACUAUCUCAUUCUUCAUCACAUUUUCAAUUUAUUGAUUUAUUAAUUUAUAUUAAUAUGAACUAAUGUUUUUUAUUUUAAUCAAGGAGCUAUACAGUCUUUUAUUAUUUAUAUUGCUGCUUAAAUUGUCUCAGAUUUGGCCAGUGGGAGCCCCUUCCAGCUCCUUCUUUCUCCUUUUGACAUGUCUCCAUUCUUGGAGCAUUUUCUUGUUUUCUGGCACAAGUGGUCUAGGCCAGAAUAAUUUCUCAACUCUGGGACUGUAGGUACUCAUAUGUGUGGUUAUUUGUCUCAACAUACAUUCCAUUCUGCAAAGAAAUAGAACAUGUUUGAAAAAAUAAUUAUCAAAUACUGACCCCUUUUGGUCCUUAGUCUAAUAUAUCACUUAGAAUGACUUUGAUAGAACUAUGAAGGUGGCAGGCAGCCUGAUAUUCCUUUUUGUGUAUUUUUCCUUUUUCCUGCCUAGUGGGGGAAAUGAGUCUUGCCUAGGAAGUGCUAAGUAGAAGUAUUAAAAUUGUCAAAACCUUUUCUUUGUUAGAACAAUCACUGAAAACAGACACAAAAAGCCCCCAAACACUUUUGAUUGAAAAAGCAUUUCAGUAUCAUUGAAACAAGAGUGGGAGCGGGGAUAUGCUCCUCACCCAUCUUUCACAUAUUUAGUGAGCAUGUGUCUACUGGGGUCAGGGACUGUGGCUCUUCAUGAGGCAGCCAGGGCUAUAAAGGCAAACAAAAUUCAGUGUGGUCCCUGCAUACCCUCAUGGAGCUUACGGUCCACUAGUUUAAGAGAAAAAGCCAUAAAAUGAAACAUGGAAUGAUGGUCAUAAAGGGAACUGCUCUGAGCAGCAAUUCCUCGCUUGUGAAAUAUAGCAAAUGUACUACUUUACAAAUUGUUCUGAGGGUAAAAUGAGAUUAUAUAAGCAAAAGUCCUUUGUAAACUGUAGAAGGUUACAUAAAUGAAGUACUUUCUUCUCUUGGUGUUUGCAGGGGAUUGGUUCCAGGACUCCUCCAUAUCCAAAAUUCAUAGAUGCUCAAGUCCCUUAUAUAAAAUGAUGUAAUAUUUGGAUAUAACCUACACACAUCCUCCUGUAUACUUUAAAUCAUCUCUGCAUUACUUGCAGUACUGAAUAUAAUGUAAAUACUGUGUAAAUAGUUGCUACACUAUUUUUUAUUUAACAUAUUGUUGUUGUUCUUGUUUUGUUUUUGUUUUUCCCUGUAUUCCUCUAUUCAGUUUCAGUUGCCACAAUGAGACAGAAAGCACAAAGACAUGUUUUUCUUGAAUCUAUAGUGGAAACCUUAGCAACAGAUUGGAUAAUAACUGCUUCAGGUCUGGCAAAUAGAUGCAUAUGUAUUGUUGUUUUUUUUCCCUAAAUAUUUUUGAUCCACUGUUGGUUGAACCUGUGGAUGUGGAGGACCUACUGUAUAUUUUUCACAUCACUCCAUCUUGUGGUGUCUGGACUCUUUUUACGAUUGCUAAGGUAAACAAGCCCUGAGAACUAACCUCCAGGCUCUUCCACCCCACUCCAUCCUGCACAUCACUCUCUGAUUUCUAUAUGUGCACUGCUGUCAUUUUCAUCCCAUUCAGAAGCCUUGAGUUUAAAGUUCAAACUCUUGAUAUAUAAGGCCUCCAGGCUAACCCCAAUCUAGCUUUUCAAUCUUCUAUUGUUACUUGCCUUGAAGUGAUCUCUCACUAUGCUUCUGCCAGUGGGCUAAUCAACUUCUUCAGGCAGCAGCAUGAAGGCAGAGUCCAAUAAACUUGUUGGAGCUUAGCCAACAUCUGCUGUGACUUCUCCUUCUCGUCCCUCCUCCAGAGGGUCUGCACUGUACAGUCCUGCCUGCCCUGCUGAGAGCGCCUUCUGGUUGCAGGCUUGGACCACACGCUCUUUCGGAAGGCUGGUCUGGAAUUGCUACUCUCUCCUGCUUCAUGCAUGUCCUCCCUCCCUUUGUCUUACAAUUGACUGAAGUGAUUCUGUGCAGCUGAUUUUUCUGACCCAGGUUCACAUUGUUUACAUCCCAGGUAGAAAAAUAAAGAUGACACAAAGGAGAAAAAAAUACCCCAGCCAAAUUCGUCUAGUCACUGUGCCUGAAACACCUAUUGUGUGUUCUCAUCUGUAUGCUUUUACUUUUAUCCUCCUGCCUGGAAUUCUCUUCCCCCACUCUGUUUCAAAUUUAAAUCGCAGCUGGGGGCCAUGGCUCCUUUCUGUAAUCACAACACUUUGGAAGGCCAAGGUGGGAGGAUCAUUUGAGGCCAGGAGUUUGAGACCAGCCUGGGCAACAUAGUAAGAUCCAACCCUGUUUCUACAAAAACAAUUAGCGGAGUGUGCUGGCAUUCAUCUGUAGUCCUAGCUAUUUGGGAGGAUAAGGUAGGAGGAUCAUUCGGGCCCAGGAGUUUAAGGCUGUUGUGAGCUAUGAUUGUACUACUGCACUUUGGCCUGGGUGACAGCGUGAUACCCUGUCUCUUAAACAAAAAAGCCACAUGGCUUAAACCCCCCUUCACUUUACUCACAUCGUGCGUACAGUCUAUUCAGAGCAUUUGGUAGUCAUUUGUCAUCUUAAGUUGCUGUUAGGUUUUUCCAACUGGCAUGAAUACUCUCAAAGUGUAGGGACUGUUUGUAACGUGUUUAUAUUUCCCAUUUUUAUGUAGUCUUGAAUAAGUUUUUGCUGGUUGAUAAGAAAAGUGACCUGACUGCAUUCAGACCAACUCCCAAGAAUUUAAAAAGAACUCCUGAUUUUCCAAAACUACAAAGUAAUAAAUAAACUGAAUUUACACUGGAAGAAAAGCAUUAUUAAACUUUAUACCAGUUGUGCAUUUCGUGAAAAGUUGCAGCUUAUCUGACUUGUUUCUCCUCUAAGCAGAAGAUAAACACCUUCGUAUUGUGAAUGUAGUAUUGUCAAGAAGGAAACCUCUAACUUGAGACAGUCGUGUUCCCUUGUCAUCCUUUCUGGUUCCAGGGAUGGCUGCUUCACUCAACAGAUGUGUGUGUUGGCUGGCAUCAGCAUGGAGGCCCCAUGUUACAGCACUUUCAUUUGGACCCUUGGAUAACCAUUGAACAGAUUGAAACCUGCAAGUAAUCUUCAGAUCUUAGCAGAACCAUAGGCCUUUCCUUUGUGUUGGGAGGAUAUAGCCUAUAUGCUGUGGAAAUGAACGGGGAGCAGCAGCUUGAUGCAGCAUAUCUUUGGGAUAGAUUCCUAGAAGUGGGAUUGCUGGAUCAAAAGAUGCCGGCUCUGGUAUGGAAGAGGUAGAAUUAAGCUGGGAAGAUUAUCUAGAAGAAACAGGGUCCACAGCAGUUCCCUAUGGGUGUUUUAAACAUGUGGACACACGUUUGCAAAAUGGAUUUGCUCCUGGGAUGAAGCUGGAGGUGGCUGUGAGAACAGAUCCUGAAACCUACUGGGUUGCUACCAUCAUUACUACCUGUGAGCAGUUGCUCCUUCUCCGCUAUGAUGGCUAUGGGGAAGAUCGGAGAGCAGAUUUCUGGUGUGACAUCAGGAAAGCUGAUCUCUACCCCAUUGGGUGGUGUGAGCAGAAUAAGAAGACCCUCGAAGCCCCAGAAGGCAUCAGAGAUAAAGUAUCUGACUGGGACACGUUUCUGCGGCAGACCUUGAUAGGAGCAUGUAGUCCUCCUGUUCCACUGCUAGAGGGCCUCCGUAAUGGGAGGAAUCCUUUAGAUCUCAUUGCUCCAGGAUCCAGAUUAGAAUGUCAGGCUUUCCAGGACUCUUUAAGCACUUGGAUUGUUACUGUAGUAGAAAACAUCGGGGGAAGGCUGAAGCUACGUUAUGAAGGACUUGAAAGUUCUGACAGUUAUGAACAUUGGUUGUAUUACUUGGAUCCAUUUCUUCAUCAUGUUGGUUGGGCUGCUCAACAGGGAUAUGAGCUUCAACCCCCUUCAGCCAUCAGACAUCUUAAAAAUGAAGCUGAGUGGCAAGAGAUUUUGGCUAAAGUGAAAGAGGAAGAGGAAGAACCAUUACCAUCUUAUUUAUUUAAGGACAAACAAGUUAUUGGCAUUCAUACAUUCUCUGUAAACAUGAAAUUGGAAGCUGUGGACCCCUGGUCUCCUUUUGCAAUCUCUCCCGCUACAGUCGUUAAGGUUUUUGAUGAGAAGUACUUUCUGGUGGAAAUGGAUGACUUGCGACCUGAGAACCACGCCCGGCGAUCCUUUGUGUGCCAUGCCGACAGUCCUGGCAUCUUCCCUGUGCAGUGGAGUCUGAAGAAUGGCCUAAACAUCAGCCCCCCUCCAGGCUACCUGAGCCAGGACUUUGACUGGGCUGACUACCUCAAACAGUGUGGUGCUGAAGCUGCUCCCCAGAGGUGCUUCCCUCCGUUAAUUUCUGAGCACGAAUUUAAGGAGAACAUGAAACUUGAGGCAGUGAACCCUCUUCUCCCUGAGGAAGUAUGUGUUGCUACCAUCACUGCAGUGAGAGGCUCCUACCUGUGGCUCCAGUUGGAGGGUUCUAAGAAGCCUAUACCUGAAUGUAUUGUGAGUGUGGAAUCCAUGGAUAUAUUUCCUUUGGGCUGGUGUGAAACCAACGGCCACCCCCUCAGCACUCCUCGCCGAGCACGAGUACAUAAACAGAGGAAAAUUGCAGUGGUGCAGCCAGAAAAACAAGUACCGUCCUCGAGGACUGUCCACGAGGGCCUGAGGAAUCAGGAGCUGAACUCCACAGAGUCAGUUAUGAUUAAUGGAAAAUAUUGCUGUCCAAAGAUAUACUUCAACCACCGUUGCUUCUCAGGGCCAUAUCUUAACAAAGGAAGAAUUGCUGAGCUGCCUCAAUGUGUAGGACCUGGGAACUGUGUUCUAGUCCUUAGAGAGGUCCUCACUUUACUUAUCAAUGCAGCCUACAAACCCAGCCGUGUCCUUCGGGAGCUCCAGCUGGACAAAGACUCUGUGUGGCAUGGAUGUGGGGAAGUCCUAAAAGCCAAAUAUAAAGGAAAGAGUUAUCGGGCUACUGUUGAGAUAGUGAAAACAGCAGAUCGGGUGACUGAAUUCUGCCGGCAAACCUGUAUCAAACUGGAGUGCUGUCCUAACCUCUUCGGUCCACGGAUGGUUCUGGAUAAGUGUUCUGAGAACUGUUCUGUACUUACAAAGACCAAAUACACACACUAUUAUGGAAAGAAGAAAAAUAAAAGAAUUGGGAGGCCACCUGGUGGGCAUAGUAACUUAGCUUGUGCCCUGAAAAAAGCCAGUAAGAGGAGAAAGAGGCGGAAAAAUGUUUUUGUUCAUAAGAAGAAACGCUCCUCUGCAUCUGUUGAUAAUACCCCAGUGGGCUCUCCCCAGGGAAGUGGGGGUGAAGAUGAGGAUGACCCAGAUGAAGGGGAUGAUGAUUCCCUAAGUGAAGGCAGUACAUCUGAGCAGCAGGAUGAGUUACAGGAAGAAUCAGAAAUGUCAGAAAAAAAGUCAUGCUCCUCCUCUCCCACCCAAAGUGAGAUGUCCACAUCGCUGCCUCCAGAUAGACAAAGGAGAAAAAGGGAGCUUCGCACCUUUUCAUUUUCUGAUGAUGAAAAUAAACCUCCUUCACCAAAGGAAAUAAGGAUUGAAGUUGCUGAAAGGCUUCAUCUGGACAGUAACCCCUUGAAGUGGAGUGUGGCAGACGUUGUGCGGUUCAUCAGAUCCACUGACUGUGCUCCAUUAGCAAGAAUAUUCCUAGACCAGGAAAUUGAUGGGCAGGCCCUAUUGCUCCUUACCCUACCCACUGUUCAAGAGUGCAUGGACUUAAAAUUGGGCCCUGCCAUCAAACUUUGCCAUCACAUAGAAAGGAUCAAGUUUGCUUUUUAUGAGCAGUUUGCCAACUGAGAAGGACAAGCAAAGUGAGCUGGAUCUUUGAAGCACAAAUGCAGCAAAUCCUUCACCCUGCUUUAUAAGUGGAGCUGUAAUAGUCCCGGGGCUCUGGGCCCUGCAGGUGUCAGCUUGCUCUCUGCACUUUCAGGGAAGGAAGACUCACAGUGAGGAAGCAAAAACUGUGCAUAGAAGUGGAUCGCCUGCCAGUGGAAAUGUGGACAUCUCUUGUUCAGCAGAUGGCAGUUUUAAAAAAAUAAAGGUUUUGAAGAAAAGACUUAUAUAAGAAGAAAAGCAUUUCCAGUGGUGUGGCCUGAAAACAAAGAAUAACCGAGGCUGCUGGAAAGCACCCUUUUGGUUGUUUUCAUUCUGUUCCUUCCCAUUGUAGAUUGAACUUUGUUCUCUGUUUUCUUUUUCUUGGGAAGAGAGGACAUAGCUUUAAGUCAGCACUGAUUUGGGACUGUGCCUAAGGCAUAUCAGUGCUUCUUUGUCAUUGUGUUUUUAAGCUUUUUAAAAUUAAAACAGUUCAUUUGGGGGUGAUUAUGUGGCUCUAGGGUUUUGAAUGUAUAGUCACACUUUGAUCCAUUUUAAAAUCUAUUCUUAGGAGUUCCUUUGUUUACUACCUCUGUUGAUAAUUGAGCUUACAGCCAUGUAUGAGGUGUUUUGUAUGAUGCCAUUUUUAAGCUACAUGAACACUAAAAUUAUGACAGAAUUUGGAGGGAGGGAAUCUGUUUGCCUUCUUAAAAAUAUUAUGUGGGCACUUACACCAGUUCCUUAACUGACCCCAUCUAAGAACUCUACAGUCACUGUUACCUAUCUUGACCCAGCCUGGGCUGCCUGUGUUAAGUAACAUCACAAAGACUGUUUGUAUUUCCAUUUAAUUCCUCUCUCCCUUUUCAUUCUCAGAGGGACUUCCGUGACUUUUAUUUUGUGUUUACUUUUCUCUAGAGUUGUUUGUCUACCUCUAUUUCAUUUCUAGGGUCUUUACCUUGGGUAAAAAUCAGUAGGUGUUCCAUGAACUCACAGCGAAGCCCAUUUGUCCUUUCCAGGUGUCUCCAGUUUAGAAGCACAGCACAGAAAACAUGUUUUGGAGGGUAACGCAGAGCAUAGAGUUUCUGUAGCAGUGUCCUCAGUGGCUGGAUAAAUGUUGAGACGUGGUUAAGGAUUCUGGAAACCUCUUUGCCUAGCCACACUUAGACUCUUUUCAGCUAAUCUUUUAAAUUGAAUAUAAUCUUUAGUCUGAGGAUUCCCAUUUAAAUAACUCAGUAUUCUUUUAUCUUUUAACCCAGCUCAAGAUAACGUGAAACUCCAGCUUAAUUUUCACUUAAUGAUUCCAUUGCUAGCUAUUAUAGAAUAAUAGCAUUUGCUGUACUAGUCUAGUCAUGAGGAGUGAGGAAAAACACAUAUAGGUUGCCUCCCUUAAAUGGUUUGCUUUGCUGAAUUUUUUUUUUUUACCUUAAUCACCUACAAAUUUAUAACCCAAUCAUUCUUCUUCAGGAUUUGAAAAUGUUUUAAGCCUGAAAACUGGGUAAGGUCUAAACAGCUCUACAAAUAUAAGGAAAUAUAGCAAAUUUUAAUUGAUUGAAAUUUUUUUUCCAUUCCCCACCAUGCCAAGCUAUUUUUGUGGACACUGGCAAAUAGUCUGGAGCCUCUCUUCAUUGGAUAAUUCAUGGGCCAGCUUAACUCAAGCCCUGCAACUAAAUCAUACACUAAAGCAUUAACUCUUUGCUUAGGUGCCUACCAGAUAAAUCUGGGAAGAAGCUUCCUUUAAGUAAAAAUUAAUAUGUUUGAAACAGAGAGAUCCAGUUUUUAUUUUUAUUUUUAUUUUUAUUUAUUUAUUUAUUUUUGAUACAGAGUUUCGCUGUUGUUACCCAGACUGGAGUGCAGUGGCACGAUCUCGGCUCACCGCAACCUCCGCCUCCUGGGUUCAAGCAGUUCUCCUGCCUCAGCCUCCCGAGUAGCUGGGACUACAGGCGCACGCCACCAUGCCCAGCUAAUUUUUGUAUUUUUAGUAGAGACGGGGUUUCACCUUGUUGACCAGGAUGGUCUCUAUCUCUUGACCUCGUGAUCCACCCGCCUCGGCCUCCCAAAGUGCUGGGAUCAUAGGGGUGAGUCACCGUGCCCGGCUGAGAUCCAGUUUUUAAAAAUUAGAUUGAUUUUGUGUCUGUGGAAGAGAAGGAUAUAUAGGGAAUGCUAAGGAAUAAUUAGCAUUAAACAUUAAGCUUUUGGUGGGUAGUGGUGGUGGUGGUGAUCUUGCUUAUUGAAAUUUCCUGAGAGUUCAAUCAAGGCACUAAGGCAAAGAGGGCCCCUUGAGGAAGAACAGUGGAACAAAAUUUCUGGAAUUCAUGUUUAGGGCCUCUUGUUAUUAUCUUAUUUAGGAAAAUGCAAUAUAUUUUCCUAAAUAAGAUAAUAUAAGAGGGAAUACACCAAACACAAGAACACUGAUUGCAUUAUUUUGUCUCUCUUCUGACUUCUCCAGGAACCAUGGAAUGUUAGAAUCACCUCCCUUCACAGGUGAAGGGAUGAAGCCCCCAAAGGGUGGAACAUACAGCCCUAAGUAGUCUUUGACCUGCGCAGAGUCAGAGCCCAGCUUUUCUCCUAUAGAAAGGCUGACUCUAAAUGGUCAAGUAAGUUGGGUUUCCCUUAAUAUUUCUUGCAUUCUCCUUCUAAGAUAGAGUUUAUUAGGCAAUUGCAUAGAGAAUUAUAUCCACCAGCCCUGACUCCCAUAUAUUAUGUAAGCAAAGAUAAUUGUUUGGGAAUUUAGCACAGGGCAUUUUUUUAACUUAAAAUUUGGAUUUCAUUUACCUCAUAAAAGUGUUGGGACUGGGCUGGAUAACGGUGAUGAUCUGGCUACUGUGAUGCUGAAACAGUUCAAGGCAGAUAAUAGCUCACCAUGUUGGGGUAAAAUGUUGGUAUGUUGCUCGUAGGUGCAUGAACUUUGUUUUUUAGAGAGACCAGCUUCUUAAAUUUAUAACAGUUACAUUGUGAGGGAACUGUAUUUGUCUGGAUUUCACCUGCAGUUGGGCCCUCAGCCUGUCGGAGGUCAAAAAAUUUCUCAUGACUCAUUUUUUUUACCCUGAAUUGACAAGUUUAGAAGACAGGUUGAUGGACUAGUUCAUCCUCCUGGACCUUGAAAAGCUGGCUGACCAAUAUUAGACUAGUACUGCUAUGUUAGUGUACUAGGGAAAACCCUUUUGCUGCCCAUGAAGAUUUUCUAUGCUUUUUGACUCUAUUUUGUGGGCUUCUGGGGACUGUGCUGCUUUCCUUUGUAAACCAUCUUUAUCCUCAUUUGAAGCAGAGUUGAAGUGGCUAACGCAGGGAAUGCAUUAAUGGAAGCUUGCACCCCAUCUGCCUUUCUUCAGCAAUGCAGGUGGCUCCUAGCAUUUAUGUUAUAGAUAUGUGAGGUCAGGGAAGGGUACUUACACCAACCUCUGGAAAAGAUGAACUUCUUGGUGAAUAUUUAUUGACUUAUAAUAGAAGCAAACAUAGAAAACUAGUUCAGAACUUAGCCUUAAUAUGCCUUUUCUCCUGGAAGUAAAAUUAUUUUCACUGUGAGAGAGAAGACAUUGGACUUUAGCGUCCAGAGAACCUAGAUACAUUUUAUUCACUCUUUAGUACCAAUUCAGUCACUAAUGUGGUACCUGAGUACAUUUUAAAAGCUUUAGCAAGCCUUAGGAAGGGUAGGACUCAGAAUCAUUUCCCUCUCUCAAGCCAAAAAGUGUUUCUGAGGGACACAGAACAUCAGGUCAUCUAGUUGGGAAUAUUGGGAAAACUGUCACAGGCAAUUAUAUUUUCUUGGCACCUGUGUCACCAAAGAUUGUUCUAUUUGAGACACCAUUUACUGGUUUAGUUGAUUCCCACAGAAGCUCUGAGAGAGUUGUUAGUUUAGCCUAAACAGUAGAACACGCCUUGGAUUUGAACUCUGAUCCCAUGUAUUGAAGAUGUGCCAUGUGUGUGCACACACCGGUUCAAAAGUGUUCAGCAUUAUCAGUAGGAAAUCUGUUGGCCUUAUGAAGCUGAAUGAGAAGAAGGCAUCACUAGAAAAAAAUGAAGUAUAAAUCUUGGUGGGGACCAGAUGCCCCCUUUCAAGCUUGGAUUUCCUUGUCCCUGGGUCCACUGUAAACAACCAUAUGUUUGUCAUGGUGCUGACUCAGAAACCAUAGGACACAGAGCCUCCUGCAAAACCAAAAAGAAAUGUUACUUUUUUGCGACUAUAAUUCUUUGACUUUGUUCACUUUAGAUGUUUUACUAGUGAGUUUUGAUGACUCCCACCCCUUAGGUGAGAAUGUUGCAUACUUUGGAAACUUGAAUUUAUCCAAACAAGCUACCUAUGACUUGGAGUUUGGGCAUAAGUUUUAAAUUGAAUGCUCAGGCCAAAUGAAUCUGGUUCCAGGCCCACACCAAGAUGUUUUUUCAGUGCUUGUCCCAGACCACACAGGUAGCGUUGUUUCUGAGGGCAGCUUUAUGGGGAGGUGUAGAUGGUGGUUGGUGGCAAAUGCACUGCAGUCAUUUUCUUGGGCAUAGUGUCUAAGAAGCCUGAGAUUUUCACAAGAACCAGCAGAACCGGGAGUGGAGAGUUGGGGAGACAGAGAAGUAGGCCUAAAACUUCCCUCUUACGUCUUUUUUGACUUAAUACACCAUUGGGUCUGUCCUGGUGCUAUGGCCUAUCACAAAGGACUGAUUUAAGAGAGAAGCCACAGCCUUGCUGGACAAGUCUCCAACACCAGCAGAAAAGCAUGGACCCUGAUCUGUGGGAGGCAAGAGCCUCUCCCAUUAUUUCUGGAGGCAAAUGGUGCCUUCUAGUGAAAUGGUGCCACCAUUGCUAAUGGGGGUGCCUGUUCUCAGGAUGUGUGGAAACUCAGGCCUAAGGGUUUCUACAUGGUUUAUUCAAUCUAACUGCAUACCUAGCUUGGCAGAAUGGAGGUGGACAAAAGUGCCGAAAGGAUGAGGGUAGGCUUUUAGGGCAAAUCAAGUCAUAAAGCAGAUGAUUGAGGGAGGUUACAAAGCUUAGGCAAAAUUAAAGUUGGGCAGUCCCUUAGCUCCUUUUGCAAGAAUCUCUGGAGAAGGUAGUCUGAAUGUUUCUCUUGAGAUUUUGAGUGCUCAUUUCUUUUUCCUUUCCCCCUCCCUUCCUUUCUUCUUUUUUUUUUUUUCAUUGAAUAUUCUCAAAAGACAAUCAGAGGCCUGCCAGGGAGGGACUCCUGGCUGGUUCCAGCACUGUCCUUAGGCCUCUUUUUAAUACUAACUUGGAACUGAUGCACUUUGUUUAAUGUAUUUUGCCUUUUUUUUUUAAGCUGCUCAUUUAGAACAAAAUCAAAUGCUUAUUGCAUUGUGUCCUUCCUCCUUGCUGUUUUUCCUCUUAAUUUCAAAAGUUAUGCAUUGAAGAUAAAAGUACACUUAAGUAUGCACAAGAAUACCUAUUAAAAUAACUCCCAUCAAGUUUGAUGGUAUAACUUCAAAGGAUUAAAAAAACUAUUUUGGAUUAAUAUUUUGCGUGUUUUUUUGUAAAUAUGAUUGUAUAUAAACUUGUGGUACAUAUGACAGUUUUAAGUGGUUGUGAGGAAACUAAGGAAAACAGGUCUUAAGCUGUGUUUAACCUUAACUUUGUUCUGAUUUGACAACAAGGAAGGCAUUUUGGCCAGAGUAAAUUUUUCAAAACUCUUUCCAGUGGGGACCUCAGAGAAUCAUUUCCAAAUGAAUGAGAAAGUCCUUCCUACUUUAAUAAAAUUCCAGAAUUCUUUCCCCUCUCUUGCUGUCUGAACCUUUACCUUCUGGAUUUAGGUGCUUUUUAAUUCCAGUUCCGGAAAGAUAGGAAGAGCAGAAUUUCUCCACAGCAACCUUGCUCCUGGCAUUGGGGAUUCUGCCUCUGAUCUCUGAAGACUGCUUGUUUGUUCCUCUGUGAGCCUUAAGGAUUCCGCCACAGCUGGAUGUGCAGAACAAUUCUUUGUCAAAAACAUCACAUUUCAGCUCUGUGUGCAGUUUUCCUUGAGCUGUCUGUCUUCAAUCAAUAAUCUCCUUAUGCCCAACCACAGUCUCUUCUGCUUUAAGAUGUAGCCUCUUGUUUGAUUCUCUCUAAACGUGAACUGUUAACUGUUGAGCAUCCUCAUAAGAUCCCUCUUAGAAUAAAGACAGUCAUGGAAUUUUAAUUUUCCCUUAUCCAUUUGUUUUCUUAAUCUGAUUUUCUGUAUUUGCCCACGGCCAGUACUUGUGGAGAGCUUAAAAUUUUAUAAAUUAAAUUCCAUUUAAAUUAA